UAAUUUGAUACUUUUAAAACAAAAUUUAUAAUUUUCUUUGCAUAAUUACAAAAGUAAAUAAAUACAAAAUUAAUGGCACUACAGUAUUUACAUAAAUUUAAACAAUUAACAAAAAAUGUGGCCCACAAUGCUGUAAUGAGAUCAUGUAUUGCUUCAGGGAAUUACAAGUUUAGUGGACAGAAAAAUAAUUUUAGUACAAGUCUACAAAAUAAUCGAAAAUAUGAUGAAAAUCAUCAAAAAACCAAAGGUAAAGAAUGGAAGUCUGUUGCUUUAACUGGUGCUACUAUAGCCGGCUUGGGCACUUUAUACUGGUUAAAGCAACGGCAUGAUUUACAAUUAUGGCCUGCGGUAGAAGCAAAAACUUUACCAAAUCUUAGCGGUAGACGGAAGCAAUAUAAUUUUAUUGCCGAUGUGGUGGAUGUGUGUGCCAACUCGGUGGUUUAUAUUGAAAUUAAAGAUACCAGACAUUUCGAUUAUUUUUCUGGACAACCGGUGACUGCCUCUAACGGUUCUGGCUUUAUAAUCGAAUCAAAUGGCACCAUCCUGACAAAUGCCCAUGUAGUCAUCAAUAAGCCUCAUACAAUGGUCCAGGUGAGAUUGCAUGACGGUCGUGUAUUUCCUGCUGUUAUAGAGGAUGUUGAUUCUUCCUCAGAUUUGGCCAUCAUACGUAUAAAUUGUAAAGAUUUGCCCGUAAUGCGAUUGGGUGAAAGUUCCACUUUAAGGUCGGGUGAAUGGGUAGUGGCCUUAGGUAGUCCUUUGGCUCUUAGUAACACUGUUACUGCCGGUGUUAUUAGUUCAACACAAAGACCCUCCCAGGAAUUGGGUCUUAGAAAUCGUGAUAUAAAUUACCUACAAACCGAUGCGGCCAUUACGUUUGGCAAUUCCGGGGGACCCUUAGUCAAUUUAGAUGGUGAGGCUAUAGGGGUUAACUCAAUGAAAGUAACGGCGGGCAUUAGUUUUGCCAUACCAAUUGAUUAUGUGAAAUUGUUUUUGGGAAAGGUAUCGGAACGUAGAAAACUGGGCUCAGCGGGAAGACCCACACAACAGGGCAAGCGGUAUAUGGGCAUCACUAUGUUAACUUUGACCAAUGAAAUACUUAAUGAAUUGAAAAAUCGAUCGGAAACUCUGCCGCCCAAUCUAACUCAUGGUGUUUUAGUGUGGAAGGUUAUUAUAGGCUCACCAGCUCAUAUUGGUGGCUUAAGUCCUGGUGAUAUUGUCACCCAUAUAAACAAAAAAGAAAUCAAAACUUCUUCCGAUGUGUACGAAGCUUUAGCCGAUAACUCAAAAACUUUAGAUAUUACCAUAUUCCGGGGACCUAAACGUUUAACCUUAACAAUUACUCCUGAGGAUCCUUAAAGUCUGAAAUAAAUGGAACAUGAUAUUUAUAUGUGUUUAUAAUUAUUAUUAUUUUUCAUUUUCUUUUGUGUGUUUUUAUUGCACUGCCGAACAUUUUUAAUUGUCUUUUUUCUUAAUGUAUGCUGAAGACGAUGAAAAGAAAACGUUUAUUGUAAAUAAAAGCAAAUUUAUAUUUUUGUUAUUAUGCAAUUAAAAGGAA